UUACUACUUGAAGAAUACCACGAUGUCCUAUACGCAAGACACUUCGGUAGCAACAAGAUGCUGACCGGUAUCGCAAAGCACUACUACUGGCCCUACUUGGCAGAAGAUGUUCAGAAAUUCGUCACCUCAUAUGAUACAUGUCAACGAAUGAAGAGCAGCAAGCAGAAGAAGGCGGGACUUCUACUGCCUCUUCCUGUCCCAGAACAACCAUGGCAAGUGGUCAGCCUGGAUUUCAUCACCGGGUUACCACCUACCACUACCGGUCAUGACGCAAUCCUUGUCGUCAUCGACAAGUUCUCCAAAAUGGGACACUUCAUCCCGAUACACACGACAGCGCGUACCGAAGAAACAGCACAACUCUUCAUUCGUUACAUCAUCUCACAACAUGGCAUUCCAACCACACUCAUCUCCGACCGAGACCCCAAGUUCACCAGCAAGUUUUGGAAGGAACUAAUGUCUCUGCUCAGGACCAAACUCGCCAUGUCCUCCGCUUACCAUCCGCAGACAGACGGACAGACCGAGCGCCUCAACCAGGUUGUCGAGCAACUCCUCCGAGCAGCCUGCAAGGACGAGAUCUCUAAAUGGGACUUGCACCUACCCGUACUGGAGUUUGCUUACAAUAACGCUACACACGUCGAUACAGGACAGAUGCCAUUCUUCCUCUGCUAUGGAUGCCACCCACUCACACUACAAAAACCGACAGCCUCAGCUACAAUCACUCCUGUUACCUUCUGCUUACGCCUGCCAGGUACCUGGAAGAUUCACAACGCCUUCAAUGUCCAACUUCUGAAGCCCUAUCGGGAUCCGAACGCGAUCUUCGUCGGACGCCAACCGCCGCCGCCGCCGCCCGUCCUCGUCCUGAAUGAACACGAGUAUGAGGUCGAGUCCGUGCUUGCACACCGCCGUGGUCGGAAUGGCACCGUGGAGCUUCUUAUUCGUUGGAAGGCUUAUGAUCCUUCUGAGGACAGCUGGGUACCUGAGACCGACAUGGGUAACGCCCAUCGUCCUCUUCAUGACUACCUUACCGGGUUGUGAAGGAGUUUAAACCAGGUGUU